AUGAAAUCCACUUUUCUUGUUUCUCUUAUACCUUUCGUACAGGGUGUCCUGGACUCCGCAGAGGUUGUAGUUAUUAUCAGCAACGACCGUGUUGUUACUUCCGCGCAGUGCGUAUAUGGCCUAGAGGCAUCACCCACGAUUCUUUCCGUGAGGGCAGGCUCAAGCAAAACGUCUUCUGGGGGAUCUGCAUGGACAGUAUCGAAGAUUGAUCGGAAUACUCGGUUUAACACUGACACCAAUGAUUUCGACGUUGCCGUGCUCGAGCUAUUUUCUCCUCUCGUACCCGGCCCGACUGUCAAGCCGAUUGAAUUUAUUCAGUCUGGUCAGGAGCCAGAGGAUGGGACUGAAUGCGUGGCUUCCGGCUGGGGUGACUCGGGAGGACAAUUACAAUCGGUUACACUCCCUAUCGUGAACCGAGAAGAAUGCAAUCGAACUUAUGCCGGCCAAGUCACCGACCGUAUGAUCUGUGCUGGCUCGGAAACUGGUAAAGGUACCUGUCCAGGAGACCGUGGUGGCCCGGUUACUUGCGGUGGUACAUUUGCUGGAAUCAUCUCUCAAACUAAUGGAUGCGAACUACUUGGUCGUCCAGACGUUUUCACCGAUGUUGCCAACUCUUAUAUUCAAUCUUGGAUACAGGAUCAGUAA